AUGGCCCCUCCCAUCCACAUCAAAGAGCAAUGCUUCCGCACCGAGUCAUGCCAAUUGCAAAUCUUUAUUGUCGGCGCCGGCCUCGCCGGCCUCGGAUCCGCGAUUAGUUGCGCCCUCGCCGGACACCAAGUUGAAGUCCUCGAGGCAGCGCACGAAAUCAAAGAGGUUGGAGCAGGUAUCCAGAUUCUACCCAAUAGCUCGCGCGUACUCCAACAUUGGGGGUUGGAAGAGGCCUUGACGCCAUACAUGACCCAUCCACACUUUUGCAAUUUCCUCGGUUGGAAAGGGAACGCAAUCUCCUCUUUGGACUUCCAUGCAUCAGAGAGUAACUACCCCGGUACUUGGUACCGUGAUUUUCACCGUGCGGAUCUACACAACUGUCUCGUUCAGAGAGCGCUUGAGCUUGGGGUUACUAUGACUUGUAAUGCACGCGUUGUCGAUGUGACAGUCAGUGAAGAUGGAAAAACGGCGAGUGCGACAGCAGCCGAUGGGAGACGGUGGACCGGAGACCUUGUCAUCGGGGCAGAUGGAGUAUUUGGGAAAUUGACUGAGGGAUUGCUUGGUAGAGCCGACCCGCCCGUAAAAACGGGUGAUCUUGCAUACCGUCUGCUUCUAUCGACGGAGGAGAUGAGGAAGGAUCCUGAUCUCGAGGAUUUGGUGAAGAAUCCGCAGGUUAACUACUGGUUGGGCCCGGAUGCUCAUGCAGUGAACUAUGUACUUAGGGGCGGAGACUUGUUUAAUAUGGUGUUACUCGUUCCCGAUGACAUUCCGGAGGAGUCUUUAGCAUCGACUAUCGAGGGUAAUGUGGAGGAGAUGUGUGCACUGUUCAAAGACUGGGACCCACGUAUUCCCAAACUUCUGAAGCUCUGCGAAUCUGUUCAAAAGUGGCGUCUUUGCAUUCGAUUCGGCGAUUUCGACUGGACUCACCCGUCUGGAGCAUUUGUGAUGUUGGGCGACGCAGUCCAUGCUACACUGCCGUACCUGGCAUCUGGUGCUGGUAUGUCUUUCGAAGAUGGAGCUGUGCUAGGCGAAUGUCUCUCUCGACUGCCGAACAGCCCCGACAUCUCCAAAACCUCCGCCGCAUUCUUGGGUGCCAAGCAACACGCACUUGCUAUCUUUCAGGAGUGUCGCAAACAGCGAACAAAAAUGAUUGUUGAACGCGGAAAUAUCCAGCAAUAUCUCUACCAUCUUCACGACGGACCUGAGCAGCAAGAACGAGAUUGCAAGAUGCAGAUGGUUCCUACACCCGAGGGAGAAGCAUUAGCAUGGCGAGACCCGGGCCUCGCACCUAAAUUGCUGGGCUAUGAUCAUAUUGCCGAUGUCGAUCGUCGGUGGAGUAAGUCACUUGGAACUAGCGUCGUUGAGGCGAGGCUGUAG